GAGGACUCACACAGAUGAGUUAGCAUAUUCAUAUGUACUGUGAUGUUAUUUAUUUGUGGUACAAGAAGAAAAUUAUUAUUAACUAUUAGAUGUGAUAUUUUUAUAUGGAUGGGGUUUUUAUGAGUCAGUGGAUUCAUAUGUACACGUGCGGCUUUUCUCUAAAAUUCAUCUUAAAUAUGGAUUUUUUAUCUAAAAUUUAAGGAAUUCAUCAUCUAAACGAAGGUGAUAUAAAAAAAAAAAUCAUAAUGAUUAAAUUUUAAAAAGUGCUUUUUUGAGAUGUUUUUGGUACUAUCCAUAUCUGAUUUGACCUGUUGCAACCACUACUAGCUAUUUCCUUUUUAUAUUAUGGGAUUGUUUAGAAAGAGACCAUUUAUCUAGGGUUGUCUAAAAAGUCGGAGUCAAAGACAGGGCAAACGAUUUAUAUACAGGCACCACCCUCAACAAAGAAACCAACCCAUCUCUCUCCCUCUCUUGGCUCACCGGUUACACCAGGGACAUCUCUCGCUCCUAACGUCUUCUCUUCCAGUCAUACAAGUAGCACUCUAAUCUCUUUUUGAAACCUCCCUCUCUCUCUCUCUCUCUCUCUCUCUCUCUCUCAUGGAGAACCCCCGGCCCAUCCCAGCCCCUCAGCGCCUGCAUCCUCUAGCAGGCCGUGUGGCCAUCGUCACUGGCGGCUCCGGCGGCAUCGGGGCCGCCGUGGCACAGCACCUUGCCACCCUCGGCGCUCAAGUCGCGAUCACCUACUCCUCCUCCCCUGGCAAAGCCGACGCCCUUGUCCAAUCCAUUAACUCCGAUUCAGAGACCUCUUCCUCUCCACCAACAACCGCUCAGCCUCGAGCCACCGCCAUCAAAUGCGACAUCACAGACCCAGUUCAAGUCCAGUCCCUCUUCGACCAGGCCUCCCAAAUCCUUGGCCCCGACAUUCACAUCCUUGUGAAUUCCGCCGGCAUCCUUGACCCCAACUACCCGACCAUCGCAACGACCCCUCUUGAAGACUGGGACCGCACAUUCUCGACCAACACACGAGGAGCAUUUCUUUGCGCUCGAGAGGCGGCGAGGAGAUUAGUGAAAGGAGGAGGUGGUCGCAUAAUUAUGUUUACGAGCUCGGCAAUUGGGGUAUUAAGAGUGGGUUUUGGGGCUUAUGCAGCGUCAAAGUCUGCAGUGGAGACGAUGACAAAGACAUUGGCGAAGGAGCUGCGGGGGACAAGAAUUACGGCAAACUGUGUAGCGCCAGGACCGGUGGCGACUGAAAUGUUUUUUGCGGGGAAGAACGAGGAUCUGGUGAAAAAGAUUACAAUGGAGAAUCCAUUGGAGCGAUUGGGGGAGAUUGGGGACGUGGCACCAGUGAUUGGGUUCUUGGCUAGUGAUGAGGGAGAGUGGAUCAAUGGUCAGGUGAUCAGGGUCAAUGGGGGGCUGGUUUGAUAUGAGAGAGAGAGAAUAGAAGUGAUCUUGAUUUGAUGCUUCUAUCUCCUUUUUCUGAGUCAACCGUGUGCCUUAUGUUUCAUGAAAGAUGAAAUGAUUAAGUAUAGUGCUUUCAUAUUCAGAACACAUCUACUUUAUAGUCUCUAUUACUUUUUUUUUAUAAUGAUUUAUGGUUUCUACUUCUUGCUUGAAAGAUUUAAUAGCUGUUUCUUUCUCUCUCUUUUAUUUUUCUCUGUAUUUUGAUACGAUUCAUUAUCAGUUCUCUCUUGUUUAUUAGGUCA